AUGCUGAUACCUGGCGUUGGCUUGUUGUGCCGGAGGUGGACAAAAAGGCUUGCCCGUUGUGCCUCCCACUACGCCCGAAGCAGUCCCAAGAAGAGGUUUUUAUGCGGCUAUUACGCUUUUCUUGCUGAGGACAAGAUCCUCUUCUUGGCAGUCGUCUCGCACGAGGAGCCCCCACUGGCCAUUUUCGAGCUGCUUGACCGAGUGUACCAGGUGCUUUUCAGAUACUUGGGCGAGGUAAGCGAGGAUGCACUGCGGCAGAACUUCUCCACAGUAUAUCUGCUGCUGGACGAGAUGAUAGACAGUGGUCUUCCUUUCACAACGGAGCUGAAUAGCCUUGAGUCCAUCAUCGCCCCACCUUCAGCCAUAGGAAAGGUUGUGCAGGCGGUCUCCGGCAGCAGCACGCAGGUCCUUUCAGACGUGCCGCUUGAAUCUGCCGGCCAGGCUGGACCUCUUGGAGCUUUGUCUUCGGCUCUUGGAGCCUUGUCGCAUGCCCAGAUUGGUGGCGCCUCUGCCGAGGUGUGGUGGCGAAAGCAGAACGUUGCCUACGGUUCCAACGAGGCUUAUGUUGAUAUCGUUGAAACGGUGAGCUGCAUGUGCAACGGCAGUGGCCACAUUGUCUCCGGAGGCAUCAGCGGCGAGAUCUUGAUGACUAGCAAGCUCAGCGGUGUCCCUGAGGUUCUUCUCAGCCUACGAAAUCCCAGCAUCUUGCAGAACGUCUCGUUUCAUCCCUGUGUCAAGCUUCCUCGCUAUCACAGAGAUAAGGCACUCUCGUUCAUUCCUCCGGAUGGAGAAUUCUCUCUGGCCAAUUAUUGGAUUCCUGACAUCACCUUGAACUUGCCCUUCCACUUCUCGGUCUCUGUGAACUACCACUCCGACCAUGGGAAAGUGCAGAUUGCGGCAAGCCCCAAGCUCGCCGUCACCAUGCAGCACAAGCAGAUGCUCAUCGACAAGUUCGUUGUGAACGUCCGCCUUCCUGCAAGCAUAGCUGGUGCAAACCUUGCGUGUCAAGGAGGCAGUGUUCGCUUUGAUGACGAGUCCAAGGUCAUCGUUUGGAACCUGGGCAAGUUGGCCAGUCAGGAAAGCAAAGCAGAGGGUACUCUGACCUACGCCACAAACCCAAAGGAUGGUAGUGUGCAAAUUCCCGAUGAAGAAAAGUCCACAGCGCAGCUGGCAUUCCAAAUCAAGGGCUGGGCAAUCUCAGGAAUCCGGCUUGAUGCUUGCGAUGUCACCAGUGUGAACUACACCCCCUACAAAGCAUCCAGGUACACUACCACCGCUGGUAAGAUUGAGUACCGGUACUCUUAUGGCCGUUUGGCAUACGAAGGAGAAGCGGCAAGCGAGGUGAUUGCCUCUUGCUCAGCGGCCAAGCGUGAUCAAGAUGGAGAGGGAAGCGAUUGGGAAGUGGAUCCAACGCAGCUUGUAGCUGCCGUGUCUGGCGCCAGCUUGGCCUAUUGGGCUUGGGGCAGGAUGCGAUCCCAGGCACCUCACAGCCCGGGCACUCCCAGUUUGGAGGCGCCACCUUCAGUGACACGGAUCCCUCUUUCGGAGUUCCUCUCUUUGCUGCGGGACGGUGCAGUUACAGCAGUUAGUUACCUGGCAGACCGCCCGCCAGCCGGAGCUUUGCUCUUGAAGGCAGCUGUUCCAACACUUGCAACCAUUGCCAGCCAGUCAGGCAAGCCUUUGGCAGCGCCGGCGCGUGCGGAGCAGUCCAUGGAAACGCUUCUUUUGCCAGGCAGCCACCAGGGCGUCUUUGAGGAGCUCCGAUCCCGAUCGGAUGUCAAAUUCGAGUGCCGUGAAAUGCCUGCGGGUUCAGACUCUGAGAUGAACAGGCUGUCUUUGCUAAUUGAUCUUGGUGGCCUGGUGGCCUCCCUUGGAGCUCUCUGGUACAUGCUUCGGAGCAACGGGCAGACCUUCACUGCUAAGCACUUGGAGGAAAAUCGAGACUUCAAUCGCCGGCCUGCCGUCACCUUCGAAGAUGUAGCAGGAAUGGAGGUUACGAAAGAAGAGCUGCAAGAGGUCAUCGCCUAUCUGCGUGACCCAAACAGAUUCUACGCUCUGGGAGCACGUCCACCUCGAGGUAUUCUGUUGGCAGGUCCGAGUGGCACUGGCAAGACGCUGAUGGCUCGCGCAGUUGCUGGGGAGGCUGGCGUUCCCUUUCUUUAUGCCAGCUCUGCCUCUUUCGUUGAGAUUUUUGUUGGCCAAGGAGCGCAGCGGAUCCGGCAAUUUUUUGAGCAGGCCCGCGCGUGUGCACCCUGCAUCGUCUUUCUGGAUGAGCUUGAUGCAGUCGGCUCAUCCAGGCAGAUGUCCGCCUCUGGCGGUGGUGGAAACCAGGAAUACGCCCAGACCCUGAACCAGUUGCUGCUGGAGCUGGAUGGUGUUGAGAGCAAUGCAGCAGGUGCUCCAGUUGUUGUGACCAUUGCGGCAACAAACAGGUACCACUGCUUAGACGAGGCUCUGGUGAGGCCGGGACGAUUAGACCGCAUAGUAAUGGUGAAUCUGCCAAAUCAUUCUGAGAGGGUGGCCACUCUGCAGAUCCACGCAGCCAAGCUGAAGACUGAGAACUUGGACCUCAACCUGCUUGCACGGCGGACAGAGGGGAUGAGCGGUGCAGACCUGGCCAACCUGCUAAACGAGGCGGCAUUGCUUGCUGCGCGGCGCCGCGCAGACGCAGUCCGUGCCGUUCCCAGAGCAUUUGACCACCUUCCAGCAGGCAUGAUGUCAUCGGUCUAA